ACAGGAACAGCUUUCCAUAACAGGAAGACAGAGAUACUCUCUUUACAGUCUCAGACUGUAGGCUACUUAUAAGCACGGAACAAACUACCUUCACUUUCACACAAUAUGGAUCGUAGCUGAGUUGAGUUGCUUUUGUCGAAGGAAAUAAGUGGAAUACAUCGUUUAAGCAUGGAGUUCAAGAGGCGAGUUGGCGAUUGGAUGUCUCUAAUCCUUAAAUUAGGAUGUAUUGCGACUGCAUUAGCUGUUUCUGGUGAUGAUAAUAAAACAGGCCAAAAUCUUGACUGUACCCACAACUGCACAGACAUGAAUUGUCAGUUUGAAGCGCAAAACUGUUCUGAAUAUAAUCUGAUUCUCCAGAGCAACGACGGGUAUGGGGAGAAGCAUUGUCUUCUGAAGCAGUGCCACACUGGACUGUGUUGUUGCUCUGUCCAAAUGAUUCUUGUUCCAGGGGAGACUCAUACAGCAACAGUUGGCGAAAAAAGAGGCAAAAAAAUUGAGUCCAAAAACAUCAGCGUCACAGACACCAUGAAGCCCCAAACCCCAACAAUCAUCUCAGUGAAUGAAUCCAACGGGAAUUUUGAAGUCCGAUGGAAGACAAACAUGGAGAGCCUUUGUGGUAACAGGUUGAAGGCUUGUGUGACUUACCAUAAAAAAGGAGACACAGAAAAAGUAGGAACAUGUACACCUUUCAAACUGACAGAUGGACUCAAUUACUGUGAAAUACCUGGUCAACACUUGGAGCCAAGUAUGACAUAUGUGGUCAGCGUGAAAAGCCAAGCAAACUUGAGUGGCCUCUUCAGUGACAGCAGUGAAGAGAGGGAAUUCACAACCCCUGUGUCCCCUAAGGUCCUGCAAUUGGCUAUCAUCAUCAGCCUCAGUAUUGCUGCAGUCAUCAUCAGUGGUGCUAUAUAUGGCUGUUAUGUAAAGUUCAAAACUAAGUGGUGGGACACAGUUGCCAAAUGUCCAAAUCCAAAACUUCUUAUUAUGCUUCCAAGUGAGAAAGAGGUCUUGAAGCCUAUGCCACCCAUCAUCUCCUCCAUAUGUGUUGAGCCCCUGGUUCCAGAUGACAACAAACUAUGGUCAAAGGAGUCACUGAGAGACACCAGCAGUGGGAGCCUUCAGCAAAGCAGUGGAAUCAGCACUGGCUCCUCUUGUCUCAGUUAUGCGAACACAGAACCUCCUGACAUCAAAGCCGUUGUUAAGGACGCCCUUGAUAAAGUCUUCCCCAAUAUCAGCCCUGUAUCGCCACUGACCACCAGUCCACUUACAGAAUUAAACAAAGAGAGUGGUUUAUUCUCAGAUUCGUACAACGCUUGUGGUGUCAGAGUUGAUGACAUUAAUUCUGGAUCAUCUGGCUUUGACAAUAAAACCUAUUCCAUCCUCCUUCCCAGCUGCCAAAAUGAGAUUAUGACACACAGCUCGGAGGUUCAGAAGCAGGCUGAAAUACUUUGCGACUCUGGAUACCAUCCUAGUGAGGGUGUCAUUGUAAUCUGUCCCGACCAACAGGUACCAGCUUGUCUUCUUGAUGAUUUACUACCAGUGGUUUCAUCUCUUAUGACAACAGACUUGUCAUAUCAGCAGUGCAAUGCAGAUUCUGGGAGAUUUUCACCUGCCGAAGACACCAGUUUGUCCUCCAUCUCUAGUGAAACCAACACAACUGCGUCAUGUGAUCCAAUAUCCAGAGUUGAGAGCUUUGAUGAGGUGGUCAUUGGUGCCACAAAGCUAAAUGGAAAAGCUGAAGAGGCCAUCCUAUGUGAUGACAAUCCCUGCUACAGAUGUGUGCCUGCAGGCUUACACAGCUGUCCUCCAGUGGAUGAUGACUACCAGGCAUUUCAAAAUCUAGUGGAUCAUGCCGAUCUUUUGUUUUCAGAGACGAGAAGUGUUGAGGGCGAGGAAAAUUUGAGCAAAUAUCCUGAGGAAUCAUUCAUCAACAUGCCUCAAAGCUUCUGUGGCCCAGUUGUUCCAGGUUCCAUUAAUAAUGUCCAAGGUGGCCAGUGUCUCUCUGAGCUCCAAAGACCUUUUCCCUCUUUUAUCUCUGCUGGCCAGUCUAUGCCAGUAAUCACUGACAGUGGCUAUCAAAGUGUGUAGCGCUUAAUUUUCAUGCAUUCAUUUGGCGGAAAAUUAUGAAGAUGAGAGAGAGGAUGAUCUAAUGGACUGUGGGGUUCAAGUCUGACAUAUGGCUCAAGUGUCAAACUUGGAUACAGCAGCAAAAAACUUUCACCUCAAGGUUCAUUUAGUAGAACUGUUUUGACAUGCUUUCUGUUUGCUAUAGUGAUUCAAAGAAAUCCCAACAUUUGUAGCUUAAGAACACUUAAUUUCUUUAACUGUGCAUAACAGCCGUUGAUGUGAAGCAUCCAUAAAGUUUGUACAUAAAAACAUUCAUGUAAAAUUUCUUUCAGAAACCAUGUACUUGUUUUGAGAUAAAGUUUGAAAAGUGUGCUUGCUGCAAAUGCUUGAACAAAACGACCACAGUUAGCUGAUGUAUCUGUCUCAAUCACGUUUAGCUCAUGGGAAACUGGUGUUGCAUUCCUUAGAUAUUAAUGAUCUGAGAGGAAAACUGUCUGAAAUCAUGUGUAACUUCUGUGAAAUAUAAAUCAACAGAAAAGCCAUAA